UCUUGUAUCCUCCGUCGACCAAAAACCAAAACUGAAAGUUGAAACCACUCGAAUUUCAUCUCUUUCUCCCGUCGACGACAACAAUGGCGGCCGCUUUCUCCAUUUCCAGGCUCUCUCUCUCCAUCUCCUCUUCCACUGCCGCCUCUCUACUUCCACCCAGAGCCUCCGCCCUCUCUCCCAAUCUCUCUUUCGCUGCCCUUCCCCUCAAAUCCCCCCGCCCUUUUACCCUAAACCCGCUCCGUUUUUCCUCCUCUUCGACCUCCAAAUCCACGAUCACCGCCGCCAUUGCCGUCGGCGACAAGCUUCCGGAGUCCACGUUUUCGUACUUCGACCCGGCCGGCGAGCUCCAGACCACCACGGUCUCCGACCUAACCAAGGGCAAGAAGGCAGUCUUCUUCGCCGUGCCCGGUGCAUUCACCCCGACUUGCUCCCAGAAGCACCUCCCCGGCUUCAUGGAGAAGUCGGCCGAGCUUAAGGCCAAAGGAGUCGACACAAUCGCUUGCAUUUCUGUCAACGACGCCUUCGUGAUGAAGGCGUGGAAGGAAAACCUGAAUGUUAAGGACGAGGUUCUGCUGUUGUCCGAUGGGAACGGGGAUUUCACUCGGGCGAUCGGUUGCGAGCUUGAUUUGAGCGACAAGCCGGUGGGAUUGGGCGUGAGGUCGAGGCGUUACGCGCUCUUGGCCGAGGAUGGAGUCGUGAAGGUCUUGAAUCUGGAGGAAGGAGGUGCGUUUACCUUCAGUAGUGCUGAGGACAUCCUCAAAGUUAUUUAAAUGAGAUCAGAUGAGACAGGACCAUAGCCUUUUUCUUCUUUCUCCUUUCUUUUCGUUUGGACGCUACAUUUUUCCUUCUGCUUCUUGUUGGUUCACUCACAGGCUAGCAAUUUCAAUUUAGGCCAAUAAAAGGAAUAAAAAUGCGUCUCUUAGAAGUAGUUUCUGAGUUCAUCUUCA